UCGACUCAGAGAGGCAGAGGCAGGCUCCUCGCGAGCCUGCAGCGGCUGGCCUCAACCACGGCGAGGCUGGGCGGUCGGCCCCGGCGGCCCGCCGAGCCGGGCGGCGGCGGCGACAGCGGUGACGCGCGGCAGCCCGCGAGCAGCCGCCGGCAGCGGCAGCAGCAGAUCGGGACGCGCGUCAUGGCGUGGUGGCGCGCCAGGGUGGUCGCGCCCGUGCGCCGCGCCUGGGUCGCCGUCGCCGUCGCCGCCGCCCGCGCGCGCGUCCGCAAGGGCGAAUGUGGCAUCCUGAACCUUCACCAGGACGUGCAGACCUGCGGGUACCAGGACGUGCAGGUGAUGUGGAACAUGCUGAGCUCGGAGAAGGAGGCCGCCGCAGCCGGCGCCGGCGCCAGCGGGACGCUGCCCAAGCCGCGGAAGCGGCCGUUCUGGAGGCUGCCGCUCUGGCCCGUCCGGCCGCCGGCCCGCACCGCGGCGCAGCGAGACUGAUGCGUCGCCGCUGGGCGCCGGCGUCGUCGUCGUCGUCAGAUAAUGUCACUGCGGCGUGACCAGAGCCUGGUCUUCCUGGAGCGAAGAGUAGGGACACCAUGGCCACCACGGCACGUCGCCCUCGCUGAGGCCUACCGAGAUUGCGACGCGCGCUGGCCUGGGAGGGUCGUUGUGUAUAAAACGCUUGCCUGUUGUACAGUUGGGGACAAGGCGUUCGUGCAAGAUGGGACCUGUGCCGCCUGAUGAACAUGAGGUUGCUUAUCAGCCUGAAUUACUAAUGUAUUUGGGCCUCAGUUCUUGCCAAGGAAUGUCGAAAGAGGAAGGCACCCGUAGCUCUUCCUGGUAGCAAUUAUGGGAUUUUAUCGUGUU